AUGGAAUAUAAGAGGGAGUGGCACCACCACCUAAGGAGCGCAUUAUGGGCAGACCGCAUAACACCCAAACAAAUUCUAAAAAACUCCCUGUACAAGCUGGUAUACAGGAAAGAUGCACUUUUUCCCUUGUCACUAGAGAUUUCGGUGUUGCAAUUGCUAAAAUCUAUGGAUAUCGCUGAAAAUGGUCCAAUGGCCAUAAGGUUAGUAGAGAUUAUGGAACUAGAGGAAUCGAGGGAGGCUGCCUUCACAACUCUCCAAGAUAGACAAGAAGUCGUAAAAAGGUGGUUUGAUAGUAAAAAGAGUUCUGAUGUGAUUUUCACCCAUGGAGACCUUGUUCUAAAGUAUAAUGAGAGAAUGGCAAAACUGGGUCAGCAUGCCAAGUUCGAUUGUCUAUGGGAGGGCCCUUUCCGCAUUGUAGGAUGCAAAGGUUUCAAUGCUUUCAAGUUAGAAGAUAUGAAUGGAGACUCCCUCUCCAUCCCAGUUAAUAGUUUUCACCUCAAGCCUUUUCAUUAA